UUUAUAAUGAGAUCGGAAGUUAACCUUUUGGAUAGAAUUAUUAAAUUAGCUAUUUAUUUUAAAAAAAAUAGCAGAAAGUGAAGUCAAUUAAUUAUUGCUCGGGAUAGUCAGGCAAUAUUUACUAGAUAACUUCCUGUCUACAUUUUGAGUGAUUUCAAAGCAUACUGCUUUAGUAUACCAGUUUGAAUGAACGCCAACAAGAUUACUAAUGUACAAAAGGUAUGUCGACGAUACCUCUAUAGUCUGCUACGAUAAUUCCAACUUCAGUUGUAUCUUACAAAAAUUUAAUAAUUCUCAUCCUUUGAUUAAAUUCACAAUGGAAUUAGAAAACGAUUUAAAGAUUCCAUUUCUUGACGUGGAAUUAACAUUAAGAGAUGAUGGAACCCUGAGGAGAUGCAUCCACAGAAAACGAAUGUGGAACGAUGGCCAACUAACGCAUUUCUAUGGUUCGAUACCUUUGAGCCGAAAACGAGCUCUCGUCAGCGCUCUAACUCAUUGCAUUAGAAAAAUCUGCAGCAGCGAUUGCUUGAAAGAGAGGGAGCUGUUAUUCGUUAAAAAUAUCCUAGCCCAAAACUGUUAUCUGACACGUUUUGUGGAAAAAGAUAUGAAACCUAAACCGAAAAGAGAAGAAUGCGAUUCAGCUCCGAAGAAAACGCUGUAUAUGAAUCUGAAUUUCAUGGGAGGUUCGGCAGUCGAUAUCCUAAAGAGGAGAAUAUCCUGCUGUCUAAAGUGGACAUCCCCUGAAGCAAAAGUGAUGUUCUCUAGCCACCCAAUACUUCUAAACAAUGCGGAGGAUAAACUCUCGCAUAUGAUUAGUCCAGUUUGCAUGUACCAGUUCACCUGUUCGUACGGCGCUAAGUACAUAGGUCGUUGUAUGCGCGUCCUUUCAAAACGUGUCACGGAACAUUACCCAGCAUGACUGCAAACAGAAUGCACCGGUUCAAUCAGAAGUGCCAUUAGUGAACAUGUGAUCAACAUCUCAAUUGAUUCAUUCAAAGUAAUUUACAAAGUCAACAGUAACCUACCCCAAGUAGUGUGUUUCCGUCUUCUCUGUACUGCAGAAGCCCUCGCAUUAUGCAUCAAAAAGCGGGAGCUGUGUGUUCAAAAGAAAUUAGUCCAACUGCUACAACUACCGUGGACCUAAUACGAUGUGUUCCCUUUCUCCUUGAUUUUUUUCGUUCACUGUGUGCGUGAUUCUUCCCUCUUUGUCCUCAUUGAUUUCAUCCCAUUUUUUCAGUUAUAAGAACAGUUAUUUUAAGUUGAUUUCGAUGCUCUUCCUGCUCACACUUGUAAUUCGUUUAAAAUAACUAUUUUACAGUUAUAUCCUAAUCCUGUGUAAUUUUUGUUCCUAGGGCUCAUGUAAUCCAUAUUCACACUUCUUAACUUCCAUUUAGAGUUAACAUAAUUGUCACUUU